GCGCGGCUGCUCACACCACCCGCACUGCCGCCCCGGGAGGGAGGGGAGGAAGGUUAGGGACGCAGAGAGGGAGAGCGCUGGCUGGAGAGAGACGUGGGGCCAGGGCACCAGCAGGGGCUGGGGCCGCGGCUGGGGUAGAAAGGUGGGUCAGUGCUCGCCAAGAGCCAGGGCGCAAACCUACCAGGAGGUCGUGUCCGGUGGGCGCCACUCGCAGCGCAGAGCCUGGGACGUCCAGAGCGCGGAGAGUAGUCCCAGCUCCGGCAGAGAGCGAUCCGUCUGGGUAGCAGGGGACUUAGGCGCCGCCAUCCUUGAGAAAGCAGCUGUCCGGAGAGCAGGCAUCCUAGAUCUGUAAGAAACCAGCCGUCCGAGAAGCUACCGAUUUCAGGCGCACGAGAGUGUUAGACUGAACAGGAGGGUAACAGAGGACCACGGACUCUGAACCGUCGGGAGCUGCCCCUGGCUCAACUCACGCGGGGACCUCCGCCUUGACGGAAGGUUUGGGGAACCGCAGCACUGAGGCGGGAGCCCGCAGGGGCGGGGGUGCCGGGAGCAGCCGUCGGGGGGAUCCCGAUCCAGGCCCGAUCCCGGCCACCGCCUCCGGGGUCCGUGGAGAGCUCCGGGCCUCCGCCGCCAUUGCGCCCAAGAGUGAGGAGGAUUUGCUGGCCCUGGCCGCGUCGCGGCUGAGCCGCCGCAAGCGGGUGGCGGGCGCGGCCGUCGGGGUGGCCAUGGUGCUGCUGCUGCUGGUGGCCAUUCCGCUGCUAGUGCACAGCUCCCGCGGGCCGGCACACUACGAGAUGCUGGGUCGCUGCCGCAUGGUGUGCGACCCGCAUGGGCCUCGGGGCACAGGAUCCGACGGCGCGACCGCCUCCGUGACCCCCUUCCCUCCGGGCGCCAAGGGAGAGGUGGGCCGGCGGGGGAAGGCAGGUCUGCGAGGGCCCCCAGGACCGCCAGGUCCCAGAGGACCUCCAGGAGAGCCGGGCAGGCCAGGUCCCCCGGGCCCUCCCGGCCCAGGUCCCGGCGGGGUGGCGCCCCCUGCCGGCUACGUGCCUCGAAUAGCUUUCUACGCUGGUCUGCGGCGGCCACACGAGGGUUACGAGGUGCUGCGUUUCGACGACGUGGUGACCAACGUGGGCAACGCUUACGAGGCGGCCAGUGGCAAGUUCACCUGCCCCAUGUCAGGUGUCUACUUCUUCGCUUACCAUGUGCUCAUGCGCGGCGGUGACGGCACCAGCAUGUGGGCUGACUUGAUGAAGAAUGGACAGGUCCGAGCCAGCGCCAUUGCUCAGGAUGCGGACCAGAACUACGACUACGCCAGCAACAGCGUCAUCCUGCACUUGGAUGUGGGAGAUGAAGUCUUCAUCAAGCUGGACGGCGGGAAGGUGCAUGGCGGUAACACCAACAAGUACAGCACCUUCUCUGGCUUCAUCAUCUACCCGGACUGAGCCGGGCCUCAUCCCCCACAUCCCUGCUCGCCCUUCGCCUCCGCUCCUCUCCUCACCCACCUUCACCUGGCCCCACCCAAGGCGCCACCCCAUCCUUCGAGAACCUGGCGGUGGAGCAGACCCUCCCCCUCUCGGAGGUGGCCUUAGUGGGCGGACUCUUGCUGCUCCAGGGUAUAAGCGGCUGGGGAGCAGAGGAAGCGCAGAGAGGAAGCAUCCGUGUGCAGGCAUGUGAAAGCCAGGACAGGGGCGGAGGUCAUGCCCUCUCUUUUGCCGGGAGCUAGGGAACAGUUUCACUAGACGCAGCUCCGAGGUAUGGAAAGCAGAAAACAGAAGGGAAACCCUGGCUUUUUCCGAGGGAGAAAACAGAAACAGAAGGAGCCCAUCUAGGCAGGAGAAGAGACAUUAGGAUGGGGUAGGCGCUGGUCCUCUGUCCUGACUUCUCUAGCCAUCCCCUCUUCCCCUCAUCUCCAUUUUCAGGCUCCAGGCUCUAGUCAUGGCGGCCUUCCUGUGAACUGGAGGAACCAGUGAAUUCUUUCCUAGCAUUUAAAAUUCAUCCUGUACAGCCCCUACUUCACCCCGAUCCAGGUUAGGCCCUGGGGCUACAGCUGCUG